CGAAGCUAAAGUAUUUACCUAUAAUACAAAACGAGUUUUGCCACUUACGAGCUGAACACGUUGCAAUUUUAAAUCUAUCGUCAGGAAGUGAUAUAUAAACUUCUGUUCAGAUAAACAUAUCAAUUUACUUUGUUGGACGUUGGCAGUGACCUUCUCUUACAAAUCUUUUACUAUGGCACCUAACGCUAACAGAAUCAAUGCAAAUGUCGAACCCAAGCAGUACACUCACUGCUGUGGAGUAGAGCACGAGAACGGUUUUGAGGCAUAUCCCAAAAAGGAUGGUCUUUACAACCCGGACAACGAGAAGGAUGGCUGUGGUGUAGGUUUUGUAACCAACAUAGACGGCAAGGCAACACACGCGAAUGUGCAGGAUGCGCUAGUUAUUCUUGCACGCAUGUUCCACAGAGGUGCAUGUGGCUGCGAAGAAAACACUGGAGAUGGAGCUGGUAUCCUUACUGGUAUGCCUCAUGAGUUUUUGACGCACAUGGUCACCAAAUCGGGCAUCACACUGCCUGCUCCUGGAUACUAUGCUGCUGGAAACAUCUUCUUCAGUAAGAAAUCCGAGGCGCUUAAGGAGGAAUGUAGGUCCGUUUUCACCUCUACAGCUGUAAAGCUGGGUCUAGAGGUAUUGGGCUGGCGUGUGAUUGAGGUGGACAACUCACAAGUGGGUCCCUCUGCACUGGCCACUGAACCCUCCAUCGAGCAGGUUUAUAUCAAAUCAAAGGAUUCAUCCCUGAAGGGGCUGGAUCUAGACCGUCUUGCAUACACGCUUCGUAAGCGUCUGGAGAAGAGUCUUCCCAAGGCAGAGAAAAGUUUCUACAUCUGUUCUCUAAGCACUGGAACCCUAAUUUACAAGGGUCAAUUGUCGGCAUAUCAGGUUGGACCUUACUUCAAGGAUCUUUCAAAUCCGGAGUUCAAGUCGCACAUGGCGCUAGUACACUCGCGUUUCUCCACCAACACCUUCCCCAGUUGGUCAAGGGCACAGCCUUUCCGUCUCCUAGGUCACAAUGGCGAAAUCAACACACUCAGAGGAAACAAGAACUGGAUGCGUGCUCGAGAGGGUAUGCUGAAGUCCGAGCAGUUUGGUGACCUUACCGAGAGUCUGUACCCAAUCAUCGAGACCGCUGGUUCCGAUUCUGCUGCAUUUGAUAAUGUAUUGGAGUUUAUGGUUAUGGACGGUAAGCGUACGCUUCCCGAGGUUAUGAUGAUGAUGGUGCCCGAGGCGUGGCAGAACGAUGUCAACAUGACACCGAAGAAGCGCGCUUUCUACGAGUACUGCUCCUUCGUUAUGGAGGCUUGGGAUGGACCCGCUCUAUUCACAUUCACCGAUGGUAGGUAUAUUGGUGCCACUUUGGAUCGUAACGGUCUGCGCCCAGCUCGUUACUACAUCACCGACGACAAUCGAAUGAUUAUGGCCAGUGAAGUCGGUGUACUGGACGUGCCUCUUGGAGCGAUCAAGAGCAAGGGACGUCUACAACCUGGAAAGAUGCUUCUCGUCGACACACUCGAGCACACUCUUGUCGAUGAUAGCCAGCUUAAGGCCGAAGUGAGUAACAAGCACGACUACCAGAACUGGUUGGACACGAACUCGGUGAACAUCACAGAGAUGGCAUUGCUCUCCAGCAAGCCGCACGAAGUACAGGCUCAGAAGGGCGUGUUGUUCGACCGCCGGUUGCCUGCUUUCGGGUGGACUCUGGAGCACAUCAACAUGCUGGUCAAGCCCAUGAUUGAGCUUAGGAAGGAGGCUCUGGGAUCUAUGGGUAACGAUGCUCCCUUGGCUGUGCUCAGUAAGAAGCCGCGCCUGAUACACGAGUACUUCAAGCAAUUGUUUGCUCAAGUAACCAACCCCCCUAUUGAUCCCUUCCGUGAAUCCAUCAUCAUGUCUCUGCGUCAGGUGAUUGGCCCUGAGUUCAAUGUAUUGGAUGAAGCCGCUGAGCAGUGCCAACGGUUGACCAUCGACAACCCCGUGCUUUCGCUUAAAGAGAUCGCGUGCAUUCGCAGUCUCCACAAGGAGAAAUCUCAGUGGAAGGUGGCUGAGAUAGACACCACCUUUGCUCGCAGCACCGGUGCUGAGGGCAUGAUGGAUGCUCUGGAGCGCAUCUCUGACGAAGCCGUUGAUGCUAUCAAUGACGGCAACAAAGUCAUUGUGCUCACCGAUCGCAAGGUUGGACGCGAGCGUGUGCCCAUCCCAUCCGCUCUGGCCGUUGGAGCGGUGCAUCAGUACCUGGUCCGCGAGAAGAAGCGCUUGAACGUAGCCAUCAUCCUGGAAUCAGGAGAGGUGAACGUCGUGCACCAGAUCUGUCUGCUGCUCGGUUUUGGAGUGGACGCUGUCUGCCCUUAUUUGGUAUUCGACACCAUGGCGGCCCUCAGAAACGAGGGUCUCCUAGAUGCCAAAUAUGAUGACGACACUGUUGCGAAGAACUACCAGGCUGCUGUCAACUACGGUAUGCGCAAGGUCAUGGCCAAGAUGGGUAUCUCCACGCUCAUGUCGUACAAGGGAGCGCAGAUCUUCGAGGCUGUGGGUAUCGCCGAGGAGGUGAUUGAUCGCUGCUUCACCAACUGUGCGUCGCGUAUCAAGGGUGUUGGAUUCACUCUGUUGGCAGAGGAGGCCUUCUCACGCCACGAUAUUGCGUUCCCCUUGGAGCGUGAUGACAUCGUCGAGAGCCGUCUGAUCGAAAACCCUGGAGACUACCACUGGAGAGACGGUGGUGAGGACCACAUGAACCACCCCAACGUGGUGGCAAGUGUCCAGGAUGCCGCACGCCGCAACAACAAGCAGUCGUACGAGAAGUACGUGCGCGAGAGUGACAAGCAGAUCAAGAACUGUAUGCUUCGUGGUCUGCUGGAGUUCAACAUCACGGAAGAGGAGAAGAUCCCAAUCGAAGAGGUUAUCCCUGCCGAGGAUAUUGUCAAGCGUUUCUGCACCGGAGCCAUGUCGUACGGUUCCAUCUCGUUGGAGGCUCACUCCACGCUUGCUGUGGCACUGAACCGCAUUGGCGGAAAGUCCAACACCGGAGAGGGAGGUGAGGAGGCCUCGCGUUUCGAUUCCAAGGCUGAGAAUGGUGACAGCAUGCGUAGCGCUAUCAAGCAGGUCGCCAGUGGUCGCUUCGGUGUAUCCGCGUGGUACCUAUCCAAUGCCGAUGAGAUUCAGAUCAAGAUGGCCCAGGGUGCCAAGCCCGGAGAGGGAGGUGAGCUGCCCGGCUUCAAGGUUUCCCAGUCGAUUGCCGACUGUCGUAACUCGACACCAGGCGUGGGUCUGAUCUCACCCCCACCGCAUCACGAUAUCUACUCCAUUGAGGAUUUGAAGCAGUUGAUCUAUGAUCUGAAGUGCGCGAACCCCUCCGCUCGUGUCAGUGUCAAACUGGUGUCUGAGGUUGGAGUUGGAGUCGUUGCCGCCGGUGUGGCCAAGGGUUACGCCGAUCACAUCCUGAUUUCCGGUCACGACGGUGGUACUGGAGCCAGUUCAUGGACUGGUAUCAAGUACGCCGGUCUACCCUGGGAGUUGGGACUAUCGGAGACUCAUCAGACUUUGGUUCAGAAUGAUCUGCGCGGUCGGGUUGUGGUACAAGCCGAUGGACAAAUCAGACACGGACGUGAUGUCGCCAUUGCGGCGUUGUUGGGUGCGGAAGAGUUCGGAUUUGCCACAGUGCCCCUCAUCGUUAUGGGAUGCACUAUGAUGCGUAAGUGCCACCUGAACACGUGCCCGGUAGGUAUCGCCACUCAGGAUCCCGAGCUUCGCAAGAAGUUCACCGGAACACCCGAGCACGUGGUCAACUACUUCUUCAUGGUGGCUGAGCACUGUCGCGAGAUUAUGGCGUCUCUGGGUCUCAGAACUAUCGAGGAGAUGGUUGGUCGCACGGACAAGCUGAAGAUGGACAAUCACGCCCACGGACCCAAGGCCAAGACCGUUGACCUGACACCUGUGCUCAAGCGUGCCACCGAGUUGCGACCCAACACGGCCACGUACAACGUACAAGCCCAGGCCCACGAACUUGCCGAGCGCAAGGAUAACGACCUUAUCGUACGCUUCCAAGACGCGCUCAAGAACCAGACCCCCAUGAGCCAUGACCUGGACAUCACCAACUUGGACCGAGCGUUUACCACCACCUUGUCACACGAGGUGAUGAAGUCGAACGGAAAGGGAGGAUUGCCCGACGACACCAUUACGCUGAACCUCAACGGAAGUGCCGGACAGUCCCUGGGUGCAUUCCUGGCCCCAGGUAUCACGAUUAAGGUGACUGGUGACACGAACGAUUACGUCGGUAAGGGUAUGAUGGGUGGACGUAUUAUUGUGCGCCCUGGACCCUACCACUCGGAAUUCGUACCCGAGAACAACAUCAUUUCGGGUAACGUGUGCUUGUACGGUGCCACAGGUGGAGAGGCAUACUUCAGAGGUAUCCUGGCCGAGCGCUUCUGUGUGCGUAACAGUGGAGCCACCGCUGUGUGUGAGGGUGUUGGAGACCACGGUUGUGAGUACAUGACUGGUGGAUACGCCGUUGUCCUGGGUAAGACCGGGCGCAACUUCGCCGCCGGUAUGUCUGGAGGUAUUGCGUAUGUGCUUGAUGAGAACAAGCAGUUCGGUACUAUGGUCAACAGCGAGCUGGUUUCGCUCGACGCGGUUGAACUACCAGAAGACCUGGAAUUCCUACAGGGAGUACUGCAGAAGCACCUUAAGUACACCGGCAGUGAUGUCGCCCAGCGUCUGUUGGACGAUUGGGCCAACAGCCCCGCCAAAUUCGUCAAGGUGUUCCCCCACGACUACAAGGCGGCUCUAGCUGCUGCUAAGUCUGCGGCCGAGGCCACCGCUGUAGCUGAUGUGGAGACACUAAAGAAGGUGGAGGAGAUCAAGGACGCUGGCACUGAAGAUAUCGAGGACUUCAUUGUCGACAAUGAGAGCGAGGACAAGAAGCGCGCACGACUGGCUAAGCUCGACAAGCUGCGUGGUUUCCAGAAGUACAAGCGCAAACCCGACGGCUACCGUGCACCCGAUAAGCGUAUCAAGGACUUCAAAGAGAUCCGUGUGGGUCUCAAGGAGAACGAGUUGAACAUCCAGGGUGCUCGCUGCAUGGACUGCGGUGUACCAUUCUGUCAGUCAGAUACUGGAUGUCCCCUGGGCAAUGUCAUUCCCCAAUGGAACGAUCUUGUGUACAAGAACCGAUGGGAGGAGGCGCUAGAGCGUCUUCUGCUCACCAACAACUUCCCGGAGUUCACUGGACGGGUCUGUCCCGCCCCUUGUGAAGGCGCGUGUGUGCUUGGCAUCAACGAGCCCGCCGUAGCCAUCAAGAGUAUUGAGUGUGCCAUUAUCGACCGAGGUUUCGAGAUGGGAUGGAUCAAGCCUCAGAUCCCCAAGGUGCGCACUGGGCGUAAGGUGACUAUUGUGGGUGGAGGUCCCGCUGGUAUGGCUGCGGCCGAUUGUCUGAACAAGAUGGGACACACCGUCACCGUGUACGAGAGACAGGACCGGGUCGGUGGUCUGCUGCAGUAUGGUAUUCCCAACAUGAAGCUGGAGAAGGCGACCGUGCAGAGACGUGUGGACCUGCUGGCCGCUGAGGGCAUCACCUUCAAGACUAACUGCGAGAUCGGUAAGAACGUGGACGCGAAGGAGCUGUUGACGUCUUCAGACGCCAUGUUGCUGACUGUGGGUGCCACGUGGCCCCGAGAUCUGCCCAUCCCGGGACGCGAACUGAACGGUGUUCAUUUUGCCAUGGACUUCCUGACGCCAACCACCAAGAAACUCAUGGACGAGAACUCAACCAAGACUGAUCUGGACUGGACCAUUAGUGCGAAGGGAAAGAAGGUAGUGGUCAUCGGUGGAGGUGACACUGGCAAUGAUUGCAUCGGUACGAGUGUACGUAUGGGUGCCACUGGAGUGACCAACUUCGAGAUCCUACCCCCACCCCCACCCUCGCGUGCCGACGAGAACCCGUGGCCUACGUGGCCCCGAAUCUUCCGAGUGGACUACGGGCACUCUGAGGUGGAAACCAAGUUUGCACGUGAUCCCCGUGUGUUCAACAUCAUGGCCAAGGAGUUUGUGGGUGAUGGAGAGGGUAACCUCAAGGGUGUGACCACCGUAAAGGUGGAGUGGACUAAGGACGACAAGGGUGCGUGGAAGAUGGCUGAGGUACCGGAUUCCCUUGAAACGUACGAGUGCGAUCUAGUGUUUAUCGCGAUGGGUUUCUUGGGACCUGAGGCUACGCUGAAGGAUGCACUUGGCACUGACGUUGAUGCCCGAUCCAAUAUUAAGACACCCGCUGGUCGAUACUCAACAUCCGUCGACAAGUUAUAUGCUGCCGGCGAUUGUCGACGCGGUCAAUCACUCAUUGUGUGGGCUAUCAGUGAGGGACGCCAAGCCGCUCGACAGAUCGAUUUGGACUUGACGGGCUGGACCACGCUCCCCUUACCCGGAGGUGUUAUCCCGCGUAAGCAAGAGGUUGCUCAAUCACCUCCCCUAAUCGGCAGGUAAAUGGUCCCGCUGUGUUAUGAGGGUGAACCCCUUGCAAUACUCCCAUGACGGCCACAGUCAUAGUUACAAGAAGACGUUUGGCGCACGCAGGAAUGACUAGGUCGUGUCAAAACGCAAGUUAUAGUUCACAUUUGGAUGAUAUACGUGAAUAUUUGUAGAAGCACCGAGCUGAUAGAAGAUAAUACUGGAUUCACUAUUAUUUUUAGUCACAUUUAAUUAGGUUUGAUAGUAGCACCAGAAUUUCGCUGGUGUGUUCUCCACUUCCUGUGCAGCAUUUAAAGCAUAAAACUCUAGAUGUGAGAUGUUUAGGCGAUAGACAAGUUGUCUACCCUCACAAUCACAAAUGAUAAUAAAUCAUUGAAGCGAAUGGCUUCCUGUAUCAA